AUCUUCGUCACUCCCAAGCUCUUCUAGGUCGCCGUCACUCGCGUCGCUGAGGUCUCCUGUGCGAUGUCUACUGUUACAAUGACGGAGACGUAUGAUACGCAGAUGAUGGACUACUCGGGCGACAUUGACAUGCAAAUGCAGGGCUCUUCUGACACCUGGUUCAACAAUGAUAGCAGCAUGGCGGAGGAUGGCUCAAUGGACGAAUCUGCUCAGGUCGAUAUUGGAGAUGUCGAGAUUGAGAUGGAGGCAGAUGCUGGUGAGAAUGUCGAGUUCGAAAUGAUUGACGACGUAGAGAACGUCGCGGCGCCGGAUGGCGGCUUAGUGGAUGUCGAGGUUUACGACGUCUCCCGAGUACACUCGCCGGCUCCCAUGGCACCAGACCUCCCCGAUGCAAUAUUUCACGAUGCAAAUGUUGAAGAACCGUCCGGGAUGUUCGGGGAAAAUCCGACCGUUCCUUCCACGAUGUCGCUAGCUGACAAUCAGGACACGAAUAGCACUGUGAAUUGCCGACGGUCCUCGCAAGACCCUCGCCUAUCCCCGCAGGCUGAAGGCGCGUCCCCCUCGCUAGUACAAAAGCCUCAAGAUGCGCCGGGCUCUGCUGUAUCGCAGUUGGAAAUACUUUCAGCAGCAGAGAAUCUGGGCGGAAGCAUCUCCUCGUCCAUUGCGGCGUCCACAGCGCACGACGCACACGGAGAUGCCGUCGACGCUCAUGAAGCUCGUGUUGCAUCUGCAGACGAUCCUCAUAAUGGCGUCGAAGCAUCCAAGGUGGACCCGAACCCAGCAACAGUGGAGAUUGUCGCAUCCCCUGAGGAGACUUCCCCCCAAAACGUACCUCAGGAACAGGCAGAGGUCGCAGCGGAACUCGAGGCACAUGCGCGUGACCGUGAAAGUGUAGACCCAUUACUUCGGGCAAGCUCGGUCUCGGCACUACCUAGCGAUCUACGCGAAACCACAGAGUCUGCUGACGGACCUUCCUUAUCCUCUGCGGUCAAUCCGCAAGAUGUAGAGGAAGCGUCUGUCGUUCCGCAGGAUGAAUCUUCUGACAUGGAGACUCAUGCAGACAUAACUGAACCACCGGCCGCGACAGGGGACUACGAAGCAUCCAGGGCUGGACAGGAUGAUCCUCAUCAGAUAUCUGAAGGAGUAUACAUUGACCCGCCUCCUGCUGUCCUCCUCGCUUUACCAGCGGGUUCCACGCCGUCAGAAUGCUGCCUUUUCAAUCAACCGUCCAGUUCGUCUGGGACUUCGAGCCCCGCCGAAGAGCAUGACAGCGCGCCUGCUGAUUAUCUCUUGUUUUUGCACCAACGCCCGGUACUGUAUUAUGAGCCGUUGAGCGACGUCUUUGAUGCUUUGAGGCGAGAGGAGCAUUUGACAUCCAUCCCAGAGUUGAUGACUGGCGAGUUGAGUCUUGAUGCAUAUGACCUGCAACUUGUGAUUUCAGAGGACAAUGUCUUCGCUCGAGAGAUCAGUUUACAUGACCUCAACGCGCUGCAUGAUGGGUUUGGUCUUGCAGGCCCUCUACGUCUUCGAUUGUCUUUCAGCGCGCCCAGGUUUAUAUUGCGAUAUCACGAACUUCGCGAACAGCUAGGGCGCUUGAACAUUGAAGAAAGCGCACAACCUGCCAGUGAAGAUACCACUGACGGACUUCCGAACGCCCCCGUCACCCAUCAGCAGGUAGACGAACCGCAUAGUCUGGAACAGAACGAUCCCGAAGACCCCGCGUUACAAGAACAUAAAGGAAACGAAGAACCAUUCACAUUCCAUCAGGCUUCCGGGUCGGGAGAGACACACGAGGACCAAUAUUUGGACGAGACACCGCAAGAUCGAGAGGGAACUACAGGAAAGACGACCACGGAAGGUAACUUCGCGGGGGGCGAUGCUCUGCAAGCUUCCAGUGACCCCACGACGCUUUUGGAAGAUCAGACCUACCAAGAGGAGCAAACGGAUUCAGUCUCUAGUGCUACAUUGGAUGCAGACGCUAUUCACGACGAUCCCGAUGCCGAAGAGGACGAAGAACUUGGUGGUGACUAUGGUGCUUAUGAGGAGUACGCAAAUGCUAAUGAGGAUGACGAUGAGAGGUUCGGUGAAGCGUUACCGGAGGAACUUGGAGGUACGGUUGACGUGGACGACGGCUUACCACCUGAGUAUCACUCUUCCACACUUAUCGAGCCUGGUGACGUGGUCGAAGGCGGCGAAGAGCCUUCUCUUCAGGGCAAUGGGCCUCAGUCUCUGCUGCAUAACCAAGAAACUUCAGGACAUGGGGAGGAGGAAGUACCAGAUGUUUCUGGGGAACUAGAGGGCGAGGAUUUUGACGCUGGUCAAGAUAACGAGACGUCCACGCAUAGCAAUGAGCCACUUUCUGAAGAUAAAUCCAGAUCCGCUUACCCUUCCGAUCGAGACGACCUGGUUGAUCCGACAGAAGAUCCUGUUGUAGUCACCUACACUGAAGAACCCCCAGAUGUUCCUGAGUAUCCUGAGAACGAAGAGCAUCAAGAUGUUGAGCGGGAGGAAGCAGCCAACGAGGAUGACGAAACACAGUGGAAUGAAGACCUGAGCGAUACUGAUGCGACAUGGGACGCUGACCCAGACUCUGGUCCCCUGGAAGACGACCAUGUAGUCUCUCACAAGCAUUCCAAAAGAAGCUUUGACGAGUUGGAAGAUGACUUCUCUGAUGAUGAUGAGCAGUCUCCGACGUCCUCGCCCGAAUCCAAGCGAGCACGUAAAGAGUAGGGUUUGCGGCCACGCCGUUAUAUGCCCGAAGCUGUGUUCUUUCAGCCGUUUUGUGCAAGUUCCUCCAAGAUCGUGCUCCCCCCACAACGACCUACCGGCACAGUAUGAAGGACAGCCGACGCGUUUGACAUGUCUUACCAUCUGAUACCGCGUGGUCAAGCAUUUCGCAGUAUUUUACGACUGAGCAUCAAGACAUUUGCGAAGGCUAAGUAAUUUCUUCUCGGUUCCGCAGGUUUACAUUCUAUUCCCCUUACCAUGUGCACAACCUCCUUGUAUGGGCUGUAUCUCACUUGCAUCUUGUUACUCACGUUUAUAGGCCCUGAACGUCCUGAAGAUCUGCAAGAGCAUCGUGGGGGGAAGGGAACGAACCGUUUCACUGUAGAAAAUAUUUAAUACCAUACAAUAACCCUGGCCCGGAGUCUCCGAACAGCUGGUGGAAAUUGUCUUACAUUAUCGCUCGUCCAAUAUACACCACUCUGUAUUGCAUUACUUGGAUGUCUAUGUGUAGUCUAUCCAGACCUCCUGAUUUAAGAAAAUUGGAUAGUACAAGAAAUGG